CCGAUUUCUGAACCAACAGUGGCAAAAUAGCCUGCACUUUGUUUACGUCCCGUUGGCUAGCUGACAGCUGUUGUGGUGCUUUCCAACGCAAAUAGCAUACAUGUUUCCGGUGGUUGCACAGAGCGUUGUAAACUUUAAAACGAGUUUCCUGGGUGUCGAGGAUGGGAUGUUUUGUUGAAUGAGGAGGACCCGCUUGAUGCCGACAGGAGGAUGAACUCUAUCACCGGUCGGGUUCUCGCCAUCCCCGCCGCCUCUGUCACCAACUCUGGAGCUUCAUCCUCUCGAGCCUUACAUGUAGAGCUCACAUCACAGCAGCAGAGACGAUUGCGUCAUCUCCGGAGCAUUGCAGCCAGAAACAUUGUCAACAAGAAUGGUUCCCCACUGCUGGACACUUACUUCACCCUCCACCUCUGUAUAGCAGACCGCAUAUCUAGAGAUUUUUACAAGAGUGAAGUUAUACGAGACUCACUGAAUCCAACUUGGCGGAGCCUGGACUUUGGCAUGCUGCCAGACCUCCUGGACACCUCAGUGUCUUGCUUUGUGGUGAGAAUCUGGGGAGGACAGGAAGAACACUAUCAGCUCCUCAUAGAAUGGAAGGUCAAUUUGGACGGCCUCCGAUACACAGGACAGCAGAUUCGAUCUAGGAAUCCAAAUGAGAUCAUAUUUGGAUUGAAUGAUGGCUACUAUGCAGCUGACUUUGAUCAUAAGGAUCAGUCGGAGCGGAAAAAAAACACACUGCUUCAGGUCGACCAGAGUUCAGUCAGGAACUCCUACAGUGUUUUCUCUUUGCUCAGGCUUCACACAACGCUGAGAGCCAUCAAGCAGACCCAAGUGACAGUACAGAAGAUUGGGAAGGAGAUUGAGGAAAAGCUAAGGACAACAGCAACCUGCACAGAAUGGAAGAAAGAACGGGAGUGCAUGCAGCUGCGUAUAUCUGUACUGGAGAGUGAGGUGAAGCGGCAGAAGAAGGUGUUUACCCAGGAGCAAGAACAGCAGCAGAAGGAGAGGGCGCCACUUCAGACGAAAGAGAAAGAAUUCUCUACUAAGCCUGAGAGUCUGAAGGAGCAGAAAGAAUCUUUAACCAAGCUGCAGAAGGAAUGCACUGCUAAGAGAGAGCAGUUUCUCAAGACUAACGCCCAGCUCACCUUCCGCUGUCGUCAGCUCCUCUCUGAGCUUUCCUACAUCUACCCCAUUGACAUGACUAAUCAGUCAGAUUACGUCCUCUGCGGAGUGAAGCUGCCAAACUCUGAAGAGUUUCAAGCAAAGGAUGAUGGGAGCAUAGCCGUCGCCCUGGGUUACACAGCACACCUGGUUCUGAUGAUCUCGUACUUCCUGCAAAUCCCUCUUAGGUAUCCAGUGAUCCACAAGGGUUCACGCUCGUCUAUCAAGGACACCAUCUCUGACAGGCUCAGUGAGAAGGAGCGAGAAUUCCCUUUGUACACCAGAGGAGAGAGGUUUCAUUUUGACUAUGGGGUCUACUUGCUCAACAAGAACAUUGCCCAGCUAAGAUAUCAACAUGGCUUGACAACUCCAGACCUGCAGCAGACUCUGCCUAACCUGAAAAACUUCCUGGAGCAUGGUCUGCUGGUCCGAUGUGACCAACACCAUUUCUCUAGCUCCAUCCUGGUACCAACCAAGUCCCAGCUCAGCAUGUGUGCCGCUUCAGAGCUAGGCUCCCCCUACCACACUAGCUCACCAAGCCAAGGCCUGAGGAAAAGAGCGAACUCAGAAGCAGAUGAGCUGACCUACAAGCCAACCCCUCCACCCAGCUACAACACAGCCAUGGGUGAAGAGCAGCCCCCAGCUGACCUAACGCCACCCUCACCUUCACUGAAACAUCUUGAUGCUGGCAUGGCCUCAUUAAGCCUGAGCAAAACUAUGGAUGCCAGCAAGGAGGGAGAGCAGAACAAAGAGGAGCGGGGUGGGGAGACAGCAGUGGAGGUGGAGCGAUGCAGAAGUGCUGACAAAGUCACUGAAAUAGAUAAAGAAGAAGAGGCUGAAGAAGAACAGCCCAGCAGCACAGCAAUGCCAAACUGUUCUACAGUGCAGGAAACUAGUGAGGAAACAGUGGCUGCUGUUCAGCACACAGGCACCAUGAACGGCUCUUUGGUGCCGGGACAGGCGCCAGUUAGCCUGGUCUCAGAACUGUGCUGCUCUGUGGAGCAAGCUGAGGAAAUUAUGGGCACAGAGGCCACUGGUUUAGGCCUGGGAUUGGGUUUAGGGAUAGGGUUAGCUGACGAGGCCCAACUGGAAGACUACCGUUGCAUCCCUGUGGACCACGCAGUAGCUGUGGAGUGCGAUGAACAGGUGCUGGGUGAGUUGGAUGUGGCUGGCUUUGAGGAGUUCUCCAGACGCAUCUAUGCACUCAGUGAGAACAUGUCCAGCUUCCGCAGACCACGCAAGAAUUCUGACAAGUGAGGCGUAGGACCUGAUAAUAGAGGGAGACAUGAAAAUACUUACACAGAAGGUUUGGACAAGGCAGGGACAUGAACUGAGAAGGCGGAGAUGUGGUCCUCAGUCCCUAGUCGCAGCAUCGUCAGUCAUAAGAGCAAUUCUGGAAUAACAACCAAUUCGCACUUAUUGUAAACACUUCCACAGUAACCUUUUAAUUGAAAUACAGUUAAUGGUGCGAGUACUGGAACAGUAAACCUAACUUUUAGUUUUGAUGCCUGCAUUAAAAAAAAAUAUACACAAUAAAUAAAGAACAAUAGGUUAGCAUUUUUCCUCAUAAAAAUGAUUUGGUGCCAGCUUUUGUCAGCUGUUCUAUUCUGUUGUUCCAUACCAGUGACCAUUACUCUGACAUGAUGCACAAACUGUAUAUCACUUGCACUUUGUUUUCAAACCAGUACUGCAUUAACAGCCCUAACAUCAUCACCUCUAAGAUUCACCACCACCCUCUGUAUGCCAGGCUCCAAAUUCUUUUCUUUAUCACAAUACCUUAGGUUUCACCUUAACAAGAGAAGUGUCUGCCUACUUCAUAAUGUUUUUGUUUGUUUUUUAUUUAGCAUUUUAUCAGUUUCAUUAACACAGACAACAGAUGCAGUCAAAGUUGCAACUCUGCGUUUUAUAAAAGUGGGCCAUGUUCUAUCAGACAUCCUGCUGUCCCAGUACUUCCACCUUUAACUGUACAAGCAAAUGUUUAGGCAUUUCCCAAGCAUUCACUGCAGUGCAUGGCAGUGGUUGCUUGCAGG